UUAAUGCACAUGCAGUGCAUGACGCAUGAAGUUACUAUUUUGUCAGUGUGACUGUGGUUCACUCCUGACAGUAGCACAUACAACCGGGUGUUAAAGAAUACAAAGGGGCAGCGAUGUACUUAUAUUAAUGUAAGCAGAUCUUGUUUAUUUGACGGUAAAAAGAAAUUGUCUCAUUGCGUUUAACCAAACACAUCUCAGACAUCGUGAAUGAAUCAGACGUCUCGUUUAGUGUUAAACAGCUUUUUAAAGUUGGACUAUAGUCAGGUGGCAGUGCAGACUACAGUAGAACUCAGUCUGCAAUUACAGAUUAUGUACAGAAGCGGAUCCAUCGAUACAUAGUGCGAAUGCCCAAUUAACGCAACAGAAAAUAAAGUGUCUCAUAUUUCAUAUCGUCUAGCAUCUAGACCUCAUCGGGCAUUAAAAAACAAAUAGUUCACUCCCACCUUUAACUACCGUACUGUAGUCCUCUUCAGUCCCCGUUUUUGCCAUAGGUAUUAGUAACGCAAGGGUGAGCUAAAUGUCUGAUAAUAAGUCAGAUCUCUGCUCGGUCCCCUUGUGAUCGGGACUUGUGAAUUUGACACAAGACUUUAGAACCUCACUGCUUUCAUAAUUAGCUGAAGCGGUUCAAUGUUUGUGCAGAGGACUACCGAUGUGAUUAAUGUCUGUCAUACAAGGUGAACGCUUUAACGCUGGCAUUGUAGAAACAGCAAUAGCGAGGAACUUGCAGGAUUAUCUCGAAUAUCGCUAGUUAUUAUUACCACUUCGCCCGUGCACCGGGAGUUUUCCCACUGAAACUGACUUUCUGGACUGACUCGGAUACGGUUUUCGCCUUCAUUUCGGCUCAGGCAUGACUCUCUCCACCGAGGUAAUCCCGGAACCCGGUCGGAGCCAUUAUGGCGUUCGACCAUCCAGCUUCGUAACCUUGAGAGGGAGGAGUCUUGGCUCUCUGGAAGCAGGAAAAGCGCCGGAGCAACGGAGCCACGGAGCACCGGGGGAAAACUAGAGCAACAGCAAACCGGAGCCCCGCGAGCGCGAGCCGAGCUCACGAGUCCCCGUGCCGCGCGGAAGGGACGCGCGCGUGGACACGCAAGAGCGUCCGCGCGCGAUGAACUGCGCACUCUGAAAUUGCGUUCGGUCGCCGUUUUGGCACGAAAGCUCCACAACUUGUCUUACCGGAGUCCCUCGGAGAAUUAGUUUAUGUGACCGUUUCAAGACAGUCUUACCUGCCUACUUAGCGCAAAACCGGGGCAGGCUUGAGUGCCGCAGAUGUGACGAGUUGUUUCUAGCGUUUAAACGCCGUUUAUUGUUCUGAGCAUCAGGUUAGGGUGGAGGGGGGGUGCAGCUAACGAGGAUAAGGUGGGGCAGGAGAGGAGAGCCACACGGGCUGAGCGCGUACCGUCCGCCCCCUUCGCUUUUCCGCUGGAUCCCUCACGGAGCUUUGGGAAGAACCGGGAAGGAGGGGUUCAAGAAUUUUCCGCUCAUUGGAAUUUAGAGAGUGUGGAGAGUGCGUGCUGCUGCUGCUUGUUCCCUCCCGUGCCUUCCAGAUCACAAGUAGCUCCACCAGAGUGCCGCGAUCCGCCGCUAUUCACCAAGGUGGACAGAUUUGGGGGAGUAAGUCCCCCACGUCUUGUUGGAGCAUGGCCGACGACGACGUUGUCUUUGAAGAUGUUUACGAGCUGUGCGAGGUCAUUGGAAAAGGGCCGUUCAGCGUGGUGAGAAGAUGCAUGAACAGAGAGACGGGCCAGCAGUUUGCUGUCAAGAUUGUGGAUGUGGCCAAGUUCACCUCCAGUCCGGGUCUCAGCACAGAGGAUCUGAAGAGGGAGGCCAGCAUAUGUCACAUGCUCAAGCACCCCCACAUUGUGGAGUUGCUGGAGACCUACAGUUCUGAUGGGAUGCUCUACAUGGUCUUUGAGUUUAUGGAUGGAGCAGACCUCUGUUUUGAGAUCGUCAAGAGGGCAGAUGCUGGCUUUGUCUACAGCGAGGCCGUAGCCAGUCACUACAUGAGACAAAUCCUUGAAGCGCUGCGGUAUUGCCACGACAACAACGUCAUUCAUCGAGACGUGAAGCCCCAUUGUGUGUUACUGGCAUCAAAGGAGAACUCUGCACCCGUGAAGCUAGGUGGCUUCGGAGUUGCUAUACAGCUGGGAGAGUCUGGACUAGUGGCAGGAGGCCGCGUGGGCACCCCGCACUUCAUGGCCCCCGAGGUGGUGAAGAGGGAGCCGUAUGGGAAGCCCGUGGACGUGUGGGGCUGUGGAGUCAUCCUCUUCAUCCUCCUCAGCGGCUGCCUGCCCUUCUACGGCACCAAGGAGCGCCUGUUCGAGGGCGUCAUUAAGGGCAAAUACAAGAUGAACCCUCGGCAGUGGACUCACAUCUCCGAGAGCGCCAAAGACCUCGUGCGCCGUAUGCUGAUGCUGGAUCCUGCUGAGAGGAUCACGGUAUAUGAGGCCCUCAACCACCCCUGGCUGAAGGAGAGAGACCGUUAUGCCUACAAGAUCCACCUCCCAGAGACGGUGGAGCAGCUGAGAAAGUUUAAUGCCCGGAGGAAGCUUAAAGGGGCCGUGCUGGCUGCAGUCUCCAGCCACAAGUUCAACUCCUUCUACGGUGACCCACCAGAGGAGCUGCCCGACUUCUCGGAGGAUCCCAGCUCAUCUGGACUGCUAGCGGCAGAAAGAGCUGUGUCACAGGUGUUGGACAGCUUGGAGGAGAUCCAUGCACUGACGGACUGCAGUGAGAAAGACCUGGACUUUCUGCACAGUGUCUUCCAGGACCAGCAUCUCCACACACUGCUAGAUCUGUACGACAAGAUCAGCACCAAGUCCUCACCGCAGAUUAGGAACCCGCCGAGCGAUGCUGUUCAGAGAGCCAAAGAGAAGUCCAGUGGAGACGGGACAGGCACAGCUUUGAAACUUCUGGAAUAUGCACUAGAAGAAAUCUCCUGCUACCCAGAGAACGCAGAUGCUAAAGAGCUGAGACGCAUCCUGACCCAGCCUCAUUUCAUGGCAUUACUUCAGACGCAUGACGUAGUGGCACACGAGGUGUACAGUGACGAGGCACUGAGGGUCACGCCUCCACCCACCUCCCCCUACCUGAACGGAGACUCGCCCGAGAGCACCAACGGAGACAUGGACCUGGACAACGUCACCCGGGUACGCCUGGUGCAGUUCCAGAAGAACACAGACGAACCCAUGGGCAUCACGUUGAAGAUGAAUGAUUUGAACCACUGCAUCGUGGCCAGGAUCAUGCAUGGAGGCAUGAUUCACAGGCAAGGCACUUUGCAUGUUGGAGAUGAGAUACGGGAAAUCAACAGCAUAAGUGUAGCCAAUCAGACGGUGGAGCAGCUCCAGAGAAUGCUGCGGGAGAUGAGAGGCAGUAUCACCUUUAAGAUCGUGCCGAGCUAUCGGGGGCAACUGUCUGCCUGUGAGAAAGAGUCCCCCUCUACCUGCAGACUGUCCCCUGCUAAUGGCCAUUCCAGCAUUAACAGUUCUAUUUUGGACUUGCCGUCGACCAUCCAACCAAAAGGACGGCAGAUUCCCAGACCUGCAAUCAAGGGUAAAAUGUCAGUCAAGAUCUACGUGCGGGCGCAGUUCGAGUACGACCCGGCCCGAGACGACCUCAUCCCCUGCAAAGAGGCGGGCGUCCGCUUCCGCGUGGGCGACAUCAUCCAGAUCAUCAACAAGGACGACCACAACUGGUGGCAGGGCAAGCUGGAGAACACCAAGAACGGCACGGCUGGCCUCAUCCCCUCCCCGGAGCUGCAGGAGUGGCGGGUGGCCUGCAUAGCAAUGGAGAAAACCAAGCAGGAGCAGCAGGCCAGCUGCACCUGGUUUGGCAAGAAAAAGAAGCAAUACAAAGACAAGUACCUAGCGAAGCACAGUGCAGUGUUUGAUCAACUAGAUCUUGUCACGUAUGAAGAGGUAGUGAAGUUGCCAGCGUUUAAGAGGAAGACGUUAGUGUUAUUAGGGGCCCAUGGUGUUGGCAGGAGACACAUCAAGAACACACUAAUCACGAAGCACCCCGACAAAUUCGCAUACCCCAUUCCACACACGACCAGACCUCCGAAAAAGGACGAGGAGAAUGGCAAGAACUAUUACUUCGUAUCACACGACCAAAUGAUGCAGGACAUUGCCAACAACGAGUACCUGGAGUACGGCAGCCACGAAGACGCCAUGUACGGCACCCGGCUGGAGACCAUCCGCAAGAUCCACGAGAAAGGCCUCAUAUCCAUCCUGGAUGUGGAGCCGCAGGCGCUGAAGGUGUUGCGGACAGCAGAGUUUGCACCUUAUGUGGUUUUCAUUGCUGCGCCAACCAUCACCCCAGGCAUGAAUGAGGACGAGUCACUGCAGCGGCUGCAGAAGGAGUCCGAGGUCCUCCAGAAGACCUAUGCGCACUACUUCGACCAGACCAUCAUCAACAACGAGAUCGACGAGACAAUCCGGAACCUGGAGGAGGCCAUCGAGCUCGUGCGCACCACAGCGCAGUGGGUGCCCGUGUCCUGGGUCUACUAGAACCCGCCGAACUGGCCCCAGACUGCAGCCCGCAACCCCAGCCUCACUGCGAUGCAUCUCUGCAAACAAACAGGAAAAAAACUAACAAAUGAAAUAUCAUUCCUCAGGCGAGAAAAAAACCGCGUCUGAUUUUUCAGAAACCUCACUGUACACGACCUGAAGUCGGUCGAAUACGGCCCCUUACAAACUACGUAGUGUUGCAUUAAAAGCUAAAUACAUAAAGUACUGAAUAUUGUUAUGUCCUUUUAGAUAGGAUGCAACAUUUUGAAGACUUUGAUUUAAAGAGACAGUAUCCUAAAUACCAUUUUUACCAUUAGAAAUCCUACAUUAGAAUUCCUACAUUAGAAUACAUUUUUCCCAUUCUAGAAAUUCUGCUGCUUGUGCUAGUGCUCCUUGGCCUUAGUGAAAGCACACACACUGCAGCAGUGUCCUCGGAUGCCUGUAUCUUGUUGUUAAGUCAGCCAUCACGCGAAACUCCGUCAGCUUUUCACUGGGCCCCAGUUGCUGUAGCACAGUCUUCCACACUGUGUGUCCUCAAACUGCGUCCACUUUAGAGCUCUCACCCGGCUCCUAGAUACUGUCUCUCUCUAAAGAAGUGCAUACAUAAAUGUUUUAGAGAUGUCAUGCAUGUGAACUUUCAGAGGCUUACAUGCUGUCAGUGUUACCGGUGUCAGACUUCCGUUUUCCACCGCAGGGAACAUUCCAUUUGUCUGGACACUCUCUCAGACCACGAGAAGACAUGCAGACCUAUGCACAUCCUUUGGGCACAUGGGUACAUUUUUGGGCAACUUUCUAAACACCUUUUUACCUGCUGUGUAAUGAGAUGUGUUAAUGGUCUCAGUUUGUUGUAAGAUCAAGGCAUAUGAUGGGGGGGGGGGGGGG